CCUCAGUCGUAACAGCUUGCAGACUUGCCCGCUAUGUCUCUCGUAUCCAUACUUACUAGCCUACUAAAAAUAUGUUGCGGCUCUCAGGAGCCUACAGGUCCGCAACAACAGCAGCAACAACAUCAACAAUAUGGUUACCCAGGCACUGUAAAUCAGCAACAAACAGCAUAUCCCCCUCAAUCACAGCCGAGCUGGGCCAAUGUAGCUGCCGUUGGUCAGCAGCAACAGUACCAACCGCAGCAGCAUCCGCAAGGAUGGCAAUCUCCAAUGCAUCAACAACAGGGAGGAUGGCAAUCGCCCCCGCACCAAAACGGCUAUGCAACUGGUAGUCCUAGUCCAGUUCAUCUCCCUGCAGGGGGCGUUGUCGGUCCUCAUGCUCCUGCAAGCCAACAUAUGAACGAUGAUCAAAUUAAUGCAACAAAUCAGCAUUACGUCGAGCUGAGAAAUAAAGCAAGGAAGGAGGGAGAUGAGGCUCAUCGCUGUUUCGCGGCGUCUCAGGCAGCCUACCAAGCUGGAGAUGGUGCCAAGGCUCAUGAACUCUCUGUCCAAGGAAAAGCACAUCAACGCACACAAGACCAGUUAGACGAUCAAGCUUCUGCGUGGAUCUUCAACGAAAACAACAAAGACUCACCAGCUGGUACCAUUGAUUUGCAUGGUUUAUACGUUAAGGAGGCCAUUGAGAGGACGGAAGCUGCCAUCUCUGGCUGUCAACGUCAGGGACGGGAGGAGCUCAGGAUCAUUGUUGGGAAGGGUAUCCAUUCACAAGGCGGACAUGCAAAAAUUAAACCUGCUGUUGAGAACUUGAUGAGAAAAUACAACCUUUCUGCAUAUAUUGAUCCCGAGAACACUGGUGUCCUCGUCGUCGAUCUGGAAGGGAAGCAGACUGGUCCUCGGUCGCGGGAUAUUGGGGGGAUGGUAGAUUCUUUGGGGAAGGCAGACGAGGGAUGUACGAUCAUGUAAUACGCUGUGAGGAGGGACUUGGAUGGGUUAUUUACGUUGGCAUGCCUUUCCAUCGUGGUACAUACAGUUAGAUCAUUCGUUACUAUAUAGCAUACACGAUGUAACAUGUAGUAGAGAU